GUUCAACCCCCAAGCAUUUCCUCCAGCUGUAGCUUGCCUGAGCCAGGACCCGUGGCAUUAGAGGUGCUUGGAGAAAUGGCCCAAGUGAAUGCCCUCAGUCCUCUGAGAAAUUUGCCUCAAGUGGGAGCAGAACAAAUCCAACAGCUUGUGGGGUCUUGCCAGGAAGCCAAGAAAUUUGCUCACUGCCCCUAUAGCAACUUCCCAGUUGGAGCAGCUUUGCUAACCAGAGAUGGGAAGAUCUUCUCCGGGUGCAACGUAGAAAAUGCCAGCUUCCCUCUGGGCAUCUGUGCCGAACGCAAUGCCAUCCAGAAGGCCGUAUCAGAAGGGUACAAGGAGUUCAAAGCCAUGGCUGUUGCAAGUAACAAGCAAGAUGAGUUUGUUGCACCAUGUGGAGCCUGCAGACAAGUCAUGAGAGAGUUUGGGAAAGACUGGACUGUGUUCCUGACGAAGCCAGAUGGUUCCUAUAUCACCCAAAAUCUUCAGGAGCUGCUGCCGUUAUCGUUUGGACCGGAAGACCUGAAGACUCUCUGAGUACCAGCCGUGAAAGACUGUCUGCUUGAGGCCUUUUCCCUCCUCCUGGGAUUGGAUUUAUCAUCAUCAUCAUUACUCAAACCAGGCCAGAAGGACCUGGGUUCUAAUCCUAGCUCCUCCGCUUGUCUGUUGGGGGCAAGUCUCCUCUUCUCUUCGCUUCUCUUGUGUCUCAGUUACCUCAUCUGUAAAAUGGGGAUGAAGACUGUGAGCCUCAUGUGGGACAUGGACUGUG